AUGUCAAGCCAGGCCAUGGAGUGCCAUGUUGUGCCCUGCCCUGCCAUGCUACGUCGUGUCAAGCCAUGCCAUGCCAUUAUCUGCCACGUCUUGCCACGUCAUGCCACGCUGUGCUGUGUCCUCCUCACAGCUGAAGAGACGCCGCCGUUGAGCCUGGCCAACCUGGCCGGCACACGGACGGUGGGCGAAGGCACCCGCUUCUCCUCCCCGCGGGAGCUGCUCUUCGCCGCCUUCCAGACGCUGCCCCGUGAUGUCUAUUACUGGGUGCUGCCUGCACCCUUCGCCGGUGACAAGGUGACAUCGUAUGGUGGUGAGCUGCGGUACACGGUGACACACCGGGCGCCGGUGGGUGCCCAACCUUUGCCGCGCCAGCCUGACGUCCUGCUGCAGGGCAACGGCAUCCUCCUAGAGCACUUCUCCGAUGCCAAACCCGUCUCGGGUGUCCCCACCACUGUCACCGUGCCCUUCCGCGAGCGUGCCUGGCGCCGGGCGGACGGGCGCGAUGCCACCCGUGAGCAUCUCCUGAUGGCGUUGGCUGAUGUCGACCUCUUCAUGAUCCGGGCGUCCUACUCCGAUCAACCAGAGGAGAGCAGACUGGCCGAUGUCAGCCUGGACGUGGCGGUGCCACAUGCCACUGGCCGCCCGCCAGCGCUGGAGGUGGAGGAUUGUGCUUGCCCAGCCGGCUACCGCGGUGCCUCCUGCCAGGACUGUGACACCGGCUACACCCGCAGCACCUCUGGGCUCUACCUGGGCACUUGUGAGCCCUGCCAGUGCCACGGCCACGCCGGCGAGUGCCACCCCGAGACCGGCAUCUGCCAGGGCUGCCGGGAUCACACGGAAGGUGCCCAAUGUGACAAGUGCCAACCUGGCUACUACGGCGAUGCCACCCGGGGCACUCCGGAUGAUUGCCAGCCCUGUCCCUGCCAUGGACCACACGGUGACACCCAGGUGACCAAGACCUGCUUCGAGGACACGGAUGGGCAGCCCACCUGCAGCGCCUGUGCCCCUGGACACAGCGGGCGCCUCUGCGAGAGGUGCUCGCCCGGCUAUGUGGGGGACCCGCUGCGGGGAGAGCCAUGCCGAGAGCCGGGUGUUCCCAGCGGGCAGUGCCAGUGCGACCCCCGCGGCAGCAUCAGCGAGGGCUGCGACGCCGACGGGCAGUGCCGCUGCAAGGCCAACGUGGAGGGUCCCCACUGUGCCACUUGUCGUCCCCACCAUUUCCACCUGAGCGCCAGCGAGCCGGCCGGCUGCCUGCCCUGCUUCUGCAUGGGCAUCGUCCAGCACUGCGCCAGCACCACCUACGCCCGUGGCACCGUCCAGACACCCUUCGCUCCCGGUAAUCCCCAGGGAUUCGCCUUGGUGAACCGGCAGCGCAGCACCCGGGUGGGCACCGGCUUCCGAGUGGAGCCGGGCACCCCCCAGCCCCGACUGACCUACGACCGUUUCGGGGAGCUGCCCCCCGACUCCUACUACUGGCAGCUGCCGCCCCCAUACCAGGGGGACAAGGUGGGCUCCUACGGCGGGCGCCUCCGCUACACCCUGACCUACACCCCAGGGGGGCAGGGAGCCCCCCUGCCUGACGCCGACAUCCAGAUCACGGGCAAUGACAUCACGCUGGUGGCGUACCAGCCUGACCUGACCCCGCGGACCCCCCAGACCUUCGAGAUCAUUUUUCGGGAGCAAUACUGGCAGCGGCCAGACGGGCAACCAGCAACGCGGGAGCAUCUCCUGAUGGCUUUGGCCGACCUGGAUGAGAUCCUCAUCCGAGCCACCUACUCCACCAGCACGGCUGCAUCCAGCAUCGCCGACAUUGUCAUGGAAACGGCCGUGCCCACCCAGCCCGGCCUCCCCCUGGCCGCUGAGGUGGAGGAGUGUCGCUGCCCCCCCGGGUACCACGGGCUGUCCUGCCAGGAUUGUGCUCCCGGUUACACCCGCACCGGGGGGGGGCUGUACCUGGGGCACUGUGAGCUCUGUGAGUGCAAUGGGCACUCCGAGAGCUGCCACCCCGAGAGCGGCGUCUGCUCCGGAUGCUUGCACAACACAGCAGGGGAUUUCUGUGACCAAUGUGCCCCUGGUUUCUACGGGGAUGCCACCGCUGGCACCCCUGAGGACUGCCAGCCCUGCGCCUGUCCCCUCCCGUACCCCGAAAACCAGUUCUCCAGGACCUGCGAGAGUUUGGGAGGCGGCGGGUACCGCUGCACCGCCUGCGAGCCGGGCUACGCCGGGCAGUACUGCGAGCGCUGUGCACCUGGCUAUGUGGGGGACCCCACAGCACGUGGCCAGGCGUGUGUCCCCGGGGGGUCCCCGCCCCCCCUGGCUGUCCGUGUCCACCCGCCGCGCACCACGGUGGCCCAGGGCAGCGCCGUCACCCUGCGGUGCCAGGCCAGCGGCGACCCCCCCUUCUAUUACCACUGGGCACGAGAAGAUGGGCGACCCCUCCCCGAGGGCGCCCAGAGCCGGCAACAAGGCGAGGAGCUGCACUUCGCCAGCAUCCAGCCCUCUGAAGCCGGCGUCUACGUCUGCUCCUGCCGCAACCUGCGGCACAGCAAUGCCAGCCGCGCCGAGGUCAUUGUCACCGAGACUCCAGGCAAACCCAUCACUGUCACCGUGGAGGAGAAGCGGGUGCAGCGGGUGAAGCCUGGGGCCGAUGUCACCUUUGUCUGUACCGCUAAGAGCAAGUCGCCCGCCUACACCCUGGUGUGGACGCGGCAGAACCACGGGACGCUGCCGCCUGGUGCUGUGGAUUUCAACGGCAUCCUCACCCUGCGCAGCGUGCGGCCCGAGGACGCCGGCGUCUACGUCUGCACCGGCUCCAACAUGCUGGACAUGGACGAGGGCACUGCCACACUCUACGUCCAGGCCCCCUCGAAGAUGCAGAUGUUUUAUGGACCUGUUGAGUUUAUGGAGGGGCACAGACCAGGCACGCUCCCGCCGCGGGCUGUGGUGCAGGGGGGGACACUGCGUUUCGGCGCCGUGGAACCCGCCGACGAGGGGCACUACGCAUGUCGAGCGCGCAGCAGCGCCGGGCAGCAUACGGCACGGGCCUUCCUCCGCGUGCAAGCAGCCGGCACACCCCAGGUGCAGGUGAGCCCGGAGCGGACGGAGGUGCAGGAGGGCUCCACGGUGCGACUCUACUGCCGGGUCUCGGGGUCACCCACUGCCACCAUCACCUGGGAGAAGCAGGGGGGAACCCUACCGCCGCAGUCCCGUGCCGAACACGCCGACAUCGCCACGCUGGUCAUCCCUGCUGUGACAGUGGCCGACGGUGGCAUCUACCUCUGCGUGGGCACCAGCGCCGCUGGCACGGCCCGCGCCGCCAUUGAGGUGGCAGUGGUGCCAGGGACAGCACCACCCGUCCGCAUCGAGUCCUCGUCCCCAUCCGUCACCGAGGGACAGACGCUGGACCUCGACUGCGUGGUGGCAGGAUCCAGCCCUGCCACCGUGACGUGGUACAAGCGUGGCAGCUCCCUGCCCACCGGCCACCAGGUUUCAGGGUCCCGGCUCCGUGUCCCCCAUGUCACGGCAGCUGAUUCAGGCGAGUACGUGUGUCGGGUGAGCUUGGGGACCACUGUCCGGGAGGCGUCUGUCAUUGUCACUGUCGUGGCCGGAUCUGGUUCGUCCUACGGGCCACCAGCUUCCGGUGUCCCCGUCCGGAUUGAGGCAUCCUCAUCCACGGUGGCUGAGGGACAAAGUCUGGACCUCAACUGCCUGGUGGCUGGGCAGGGACAGGCCACUGUCACCUGGUACAAGCGUGGGGGGGCCCUCCCGGCCAAGCACCAGGUGUCCGGCUCCCGGCUGCGGCUGCUGCAGGUGACAGCAGCCGACUCGGGCGAGUACGUGUGCCGGGUGACCAGCGGGGCCACCACCAAGGAAACUGCUGUCAUGGUGACAAUCCAGCCCAGCAGUGCCAGCGCCUACCCACCGGGCAGCGCGACUCCCCUGCGCAUUGAGUCGCCGUCCUCUGCCGUGGCCGAGGGCCAGACCCUGGACCUCAACUGCGUCAUUGCCAGCCCCACACAGGCCACCGUCACCUGGUACAAGCGCGGCGGGUCCCUCCCGGCCAAGCACCAGGUGUCCGGCUCCCGGCUGAGGCUGCUGCAGGUGACAGCGGCUGACUCGGGCGAGUACGUGUGCCGGGUGACCAGCGGUGCCACCACCAAGGAAACCUCCAUCAUGGUGACGAUCCAGCCCAGCAGUGCCAGCGCCUACCCCCCGGGCAACACGACCCCCUUGCGCAUCGAGUCCUCGUCCUUGUCAUCCCCUGUGGCCGAGGGCCAGACCCUGGAUCUCAACUGCGUCAUCGCCAGCCCUGCACAGGCCACUGUCACCUGGUACAAGCGCGGCGGGUCGCUCCCGGCCAAGCACCAGGUGUCCGGCUCCCGGCUGCGGCUGCUGCAGGUGACAGCAGCUGACUCAGGCGAGUACGUGUGCCGGGUGACCAGCGGGGCCACCACCAAGGAAAUCUCCAUCAUGGUAACAAUCCAGCCCAGCAGUGCCAGCGCCUACCCCGUUGGUGUCACCCCCCCGGUGCGCAUCGAGUCUUCGUCCUCCUCCGUGGCCGAGGGCCAGACCCUGGACCUCAACUGCAUCGUGGCCAGGCAGGGUCAGGCCACCGUCACCUGGUACAAGCGUGGCGGGUCCCUCCCAGCCAAGCACCAGGUAUCAGGCACCCGCCUGCGCAUCCCCCAGGUGACGGCGGCUGAUUCGGGGGAGUACGUGUGCCGGGUGACAUCAGGCGGUGUCACACAUGAGACGUCCCUCAUUGUCACCAUCCAGACCGGCGCUGGCUCCUCUUACGCCGUCGGUGUCACGCCACCAGUGAGAAUUGAGACCUCAUCCGCCACCGUCACCGAAGGACAGACCCUGGACCUCAACUGCAUGGUGGCAGGACAGGGUCACCCCCACGUCACCUGGUACCGGCGUGGGGGGGCUCUGUCCCCCAACAGCCAGGUGUCAGGGACCCGCCUGCGCCUUGUCCAGGUGUCGGUGGCUGAUUCAGGGGAGUACGUGUGCCGGGUGACCCUGGGGACCGUCACACAGGAGGCAUCUGUCAUUGUCACUGUGCCCGGUGGAGCUGGCACCUAUUACCCCUCCGGCGUCUCCCAGCCCCUCCGCAUCGAGUCCUUGUCGUCGGCCAUCGCUGAGGGACAGAUCCUGGACCUCAACUGCGUAGUGGCGGGAUCCGGCCCCUCCACCGUGACGUGGUACAAGCGCGGUGGCUCCCUGCCCGCUGGCCACCAGGUGUCGGGCACCCGCCUGCGCAUCCCCCAGGUGACAGCAGCCGAUUCGGGGGAGUACGUGUGCCGGGUGACAUCGGGCGGUGUCACGCAGGAGACAUCCCUUGUCGUCACCAUCGAUGAUGGAGCCAACCCAUCCCACCCCACCGGCGUCACGCCGCCUAUCCGCAUCGAGUCCUCGGCAUCCUCUGUCACCGAGGGACAGACCCUGGACCUGGACUGCGUGGUGGCCAGCCAGGGACAGACCACCAUCACCUGGUACAAGCGUGGUGGGUCCCUCCCAGCCAAGCACCAGGUUUCAGGGUCCCGCCUGCGGCUGUCACAGCUCUCGGUGGCCGAUUCAGGGGAGUAUGUGUGCCGGGCAGACACGGGCAGUGUCUCCCGUGAGGCUACCAUCACUGUCACCGUCAGCUCCCGUGACAGCUCCAGCUACCGUCUGCAGAGCCCCAUUAUCUCCAUUGACCCGCACAGCAUGGCAGUGGCACCGGGCGAGGAUGCCACCUUCAAGUGCCGUGUCCAUGACGGUGCCCGGCCCAUCAAUGUCACUUGGCGGAUGGGACCUGGACAACAUCUCCAAGACAACGUGAAGAUCAGCACCAACGGUUCGGUCAUAUCCAUCACCGGUGCCCACGUGGGCAACCAGGGUGCCUACCACUGCGUGGCCUCCAACCGCUUCGGUGUCGCCAGCAGCGUCGUCAACCUCCUGGUGCAAGGUGCCCCCACGGUGUCGGUGAUGCCACCAGGCCCCGUGACAGUGAAGGAAGGCAAAUCCCUCAGCCUGGAGUGCCUUGGCCGGGGCGAACCGCGGCCGCUGGUGCGCUGGAGCCGGUUGGGCUCCCGGCAGAAGGUGGAGCACCAAACGCUGCUGCACAUGGACAGCCAGGCCAUCCUGCAGCUCUCACCGGCCAAGCCGGAGCACGCCGGGACCUAUGUCUGCACGGCACACAGCGCCUUGGGUUCGGCGCAAGCCCGGGUGGACGUCAAUGUGGAGACGGCCCAGCGGCACCCCGGUGCCCCUGAGGUCACUGCACCACCCACUGUCACCGUGGUGGCCGGGGACACCGCCACACUGCACUGCAUGGCCAGAGGCGAGCCGGCACCCCGGAUCGAGUGGUCGAAGCUGCGGGCACCCCUGCCCUGGCAGCACCAGGUGGUGAACGGCACCUUGGUCAUCCCCCGCGCCGCGCAGCAGGACUCGGGCCAGUACAUCUGCAAUGCCAGCAGCCCCGCCGGCUUCGCUGAGGUCUUCGUCACCCUCGACGUGGAGUCACCGCCAUAUGCCACCAGCCUGCCGGAGGAGACGGCGGUGCGCGCCGGCGACGCGCUGCAGGUGCAGUGCCUGGCCCACGGCACCCCGCCACUGCUCUACGCUUGGAACAAGGUCAACGGCAGCCUCUCAGCACGCGUCAUCCACCGCGCCGGCCUCCUCCGCAUCAGCCCGGCGCUGCCCGCUGAUGCCGGCACGUACCGCUGCCUCGUCACCAACCGUGUUGGCACCGCUGAGACCUUUGCCCACGUGGUUGUCCACGGUGACGCCGGUGACGGUGGGGACGCCAGCGGUGGUCCCUUGACAGUGCGGGUGACACCGGGGACCCUCAUCAAGGGGGUGGGUGGCACCGCCGAAUUCGCCUGCACUGUCUCCGGAGACCCCCGGGCACGUCUGGAGUGGCUGAAGGACGGUGGGGAGCUGCCCCCCACCCACACUGUGCGGGAUGGGGUGCUGAGGAUGCCGGAGCUGGCGUGGGGGGCGCAGGGGGUGUACGUGUGCCGGGCCAGCGCCCCUGGCGGGCAGGCGGAGGACAGGGCCACCCUCACCGUCCAGGCUCUCCCCAGGGCCCUGAUCAACAUCCGGACGGCAGUGCAGACGGUGCUGGCAGGGACGGCAGUGGAGCUGGAGUGCCUGGGUUUGGGUGAACCCCGUCCCCACGUCACCUGGAGCAAAGUGGGGGGCCGUAUCCGCCCCGGGGUGCUGGUCCGUGCCGGCACCCUCACCAUUGAACGGGUAGAACGGGCGGAUGCCGGGCAGUACCGCUGCACCGCCACCAACGCUGUGGGCACCGUCCAGUCCCACGUCAUCCUCCAUGUGCAAGCCGCCCCCCAAAUCGCCGGGCAGCCAGAGGUGAAGGAGGUCUCGGUGGGUUCGGCGGCUGUUUUGCCCUGCUUGGCAUCCGGCUUCCCAGUGCCGGAGAUCACCUGGAGCAAGCUGGAGGGAGAGCUGCCGGCGGGUGCCAGGGUGGAGGGGAACAUCCUGACGCUGCCGGCCGUGCACCACGAGGAUGCUGGCGUCUAUGCCUGCGCUGCCGCCAACCGCCGCGGCCAGGAGACAGCUUACUACGUCCUCAAGGUCCGAGACCGCCUGGUCCCCUAUUUCGGGCAGACACCCCACUCCUUCCUCCCCCUGCCCACCAUCAAGGAUGCCUACAAGAGGUUCGAGAUCCUCAUCACCUUCCGACCUGAUGCUGCUGACGGACUUCUCCUUUACAACGGGCAGCGGAAAACCAGCGGCGCCGACUUCAUCUCCUUUGGUUUGGUGGGUGGCGGCCCCGAAUUUAGGUUUGACGCCGGUUCGGGCAUGGCCACCAUCCGGCACCCGACGCCGCUGCGGUUGGGCGAGUACCACACCGUCCGCCUCCUCCGCAACCUCACCCGGGGCUCGCUGGCGCUGGAUGGGCACCCCCCCAUUAACGGGACCUCCCAGGGGAAGUUUCAAGGGCUGGAUCUGAACGAGGAGCUGUACCUGGGGGGGUACCCCGAUUUUGGUGCUGUGACUAAGACAGGGCUCAGUCGUGGUUUUAUGGGCUGCGUGCGCCAGCUCCGCAUCCAAGGGGAGGAGGUGGCCUUUGGGGACAUGGACCUGCAGGCGCACGGUGUCACCAGUUGUCCCACGUGCCAGGACCGGCCGUGCCAGAAUGGUGGCGUGUGCCAGGACGCUGAGAGUGGCACCUACAUCUGCCGCUGUCCCCACGGCUUCACCGGCAGCAACUGCGAGUACUCACAGGCUUUGCAUUGUCACCCAGAGGCAUGCGGGCCUGAUGCCACCUGUGUCAACCGGCCGGACGGGCAGGGCUAUACCUGCCGCUGCCACCUGGGCAAGGCCGGGGAGCGGUGCACGGAGGGCGAGGCGGUGAGCGUGCCGUCCUUCGGCGAGGCGGGCGCCUUCGUCUCCUACCCGCCCCUCACCAACGUCCACCACGAGCUGCGGGUGGAGGCCGAGUUCCUGCCGCUGGCCCCCGACGGGCUCCUGCUCUUCAGCGCCGGCAAAGCCGCCCCCGUCGAGGACUUCGUCGCCUUGGCCAUGGCCGGUGGCCACCUCGAGUUCCGCUACGAGCUGGGCUCAGGCCCGGCGGUGCUCCGGAGCUCGGAGCCGGUGACACUCGGCCGCUGGCACCGGGUGACAGCCGAGCGGGUGCACAAGGAUGGGACGCUGUGGGUGGAUGACACCCCCCCGGUGAAGCGCUCCUCGCCCGGCAAGAGCCAAGGCCUCAACCUCCGCUCCCCCCUUUACCUGGGGGGCACCGAACCCCCCCUGCGCCCCCCAACCAACGCUUCCUUCCGCGGCUGCAUCGGAGAGGUGUCCAUCAAUGGGAAGAAGGUGGAUCUGUCCUACAGCUUCCUGCGCAGCCGCGGCGUGGGGCAGUGCGGGCAGAGCUCGCCCUGCCUGCCGGCCCCCUGCCUGCGCGGGGCGUCCCGCUGCCUCCCUCCCGCCCCAUACCUGCUUCCUCAGGACUGUAGGGGACUCCAAACCUCUCCUCCACCUCCCUAUUUGGGGUCUGGGGGCUCCCCCCGUCCCUUCUCUGGGGUCCUCGCCCCCCGGGGCUGGGGGGACCCCACGUUCCUCCUCCCUCCCGUGAGGUUGGGGAAGCACGCUGCGCUUUAUGGGUCCCUCAGGGUCGGUGGGGACCCCUCAUAUUCGCUUUUUUGGGGCCCCCAUGCCCCAGGGUUGUGGGUGAUCUCUCUCCCUGCCUGGUUUCCUAGAUGUAGGGGUCCCCCCUCUCCCUGCCUGUCUCCCCAGAUGAGGAACUGCCGGGGGAACCCCAACUGCCUGGUGGGCAUCGGGGAGCACGUCUGGCUGGGAGAGAUAGACGAGAACAGCUUCCACAACAUCGAUGACCCCAACUACGAGCGCCGUAAGAAGGUAUCACUCCCUUCAGAAGCAUCCCCUGCCCUUCCUGGUCCCCAGGGGAAGAUGGGGAUGAGGCGAGGUGACACCUCGUGUCCCUCCUGUAGCCAGGGUGUUUGGGAUGUGGCUAUUUGUACGUUGCCGGAGCAGCGUUUUUCCGACAAAACAGCCUUAAAGUGGCCGCCCCAACUGCUGGAUUUCUGCUUGCUCCUCCACAGCGACGAGUGA